CGGUGGCCGUCGGACCGGCUAUAAGAUGCAUACGCUUAGCGCACCUCAAUUACAGUUACAAAAUGACCAGGUUCACGAUCUGACCGUACGGGAUUACUACAGGGUGACCAGACAACCGCCUCCAAAAUAUGAUGACAUCAUAAUUAAGCAAGAUACUCCUUCACUAUCGUUGGCCUCAAUGCCUCGUUGGCCGACAACACCAUUGGCCUCAAUGCUGAGCAAACCUAACGGUAAGCCGAACUGCCACUACUGGCGAGACACUGACGCUCAGCAUUACCCGUGCCGUCACCGGUGGCCGGGGAUGAAGAGAAGGGCUCGCAUGCAAAUUAUAGCGAUGACUCUGCAGUACUAUAUCUUUAAAUGCAAUAAUGUCCGUAUAAUUAAAUAUUCACAUCAAUCCAGUAGUAAAUUCUGUUUCCAUAUCUUAAGGGCCCUGGUAAUAGUACUGCUAAUUGUGAUUGGUAUAUCCAUACUAGUAGUGCCGUCCAUAGGCAUAGUGGCCACUUAAUCAUUUUGGCC